AUGACUACCUACAUGCCGGCACUGACCCUGCCUGACCGGCUGUUCGCCAGCCCGGCUGCGUCGAUCCUGACGCCCAUCGUCCUCGGCAGUGCAGUGGGCAUCGGAGUCUCGAACAAGGACACCAAGACCACGUACAUGCGCCUCCGCCAGCCACCCCUGUCACCACCAACAUGGGUGUUCGGCCCAGUCUGGACCGUCCUCUACGGUGUCAUGGGCUACGCCUCGUACAGAGCAUACACCAACGGCACCAGUCCUUUGAGCACCCCUGACGUGAUAGCCACGGCGAGACACGCCGCUACGGUCUACUCGGCCCAGCUUGUGCUUAACCUCAUCUGGACCCCGCUGUUCUUCGGCCUCAAGAAGCCGGUUGCGGCAACCGUGGACAUUGUGGCUCUGCUCAGCACCAACAUCUACCUGACCUACCUGUGGAGCAGUGUGGAUGAGGUGUCGGCAUACUGCCAACUGCCUUACCUGGGAUGGCUUGGCUUCGCGACCUACCUGUGUGCAGGUAUCGGCCACGUGAACAAUUGGGAUCUGAAGGCCAAGGAACCAAAGUCCGAGUAG